ACAAGUUUUAACCUAUUUUACCUAUUUCCUAGAUGGCACGAUUAACAAGCAAAGAGAAGACUGCUCGUCAUAGACAGAAAGUCAACUCCGACCCUGCAGCAAGAGCAGAGUAUCUUGCAAGGAAAAGAGAGAGCUACCAAAAAAGAAAGCAUGAGGGGGAAGAUUCCAUAUGUGAAGUCAGAUGAGUUAUCAGAGAGGGAGAGGAAUAAUCUGAGAAACAAGUGGAAGGCUGCAUCCAGAGGAUACAGGGAGAGAAGAAAGAUGGAGAAGGCAAUGUUGGACCUGACACCUCAAUCCAUAGAGAACACUCUGCCAGAUCCAGCAGGUGUAGAAGGAGUGGAGGGGCAGCAAGAGAGUCCAGGGGGGUGUGUGGUGGUGGAUGCUCCACCUCAAAAUGAGGAUUUCCAUCCACAGAUGUCCUCCACACCAGAGAGAAAAGAUAGAGAAAAGAAAGCUGAGAAACGUUGUAAACGACUGCAGGCUGAGAAGCAUGAAUUAAGAAAGCUAAACAUAAAUCUGAGGAAACAACUUGCAAAGAUGAGAAAAGAAAAGGAAAGGGCCAGAAAAGGUGAGACGAGGGCAAAAGAACGGUUAAGCCACAGUGAGAGGCUCAAGCCAAAAGGGGGGAAGAAACUGGCAAAAGAGAGAAAGCUGGCUGUUGUUAGUUUUCUGACUAGAGAUGAGAAUAGUCGACUUUUACCAGGGAAAAAAGAUACCAUCACAAAAAACAAAAUAAAAGAACAGCGAAGAAUUCUCACAAAGCCACUCACAGAGCUCCAUGGGCUGUACAAUAGUGAAAUGAAGAAGAGCCUCCACCUAUCUUACAGGCAGUUUGCUAGAAGACGCCCCUUCUAUGUCACUGAGCCAAAAGCCAAUAGGGAUGGGACGAUACACUUAAACUCACGAUACGAUGCACCUCGAUAUGCCAGGGUCAAGAUACGAUACGAUAUCAAAAAAGAAAAAAAAAAGAAGAAAAUAUUACUGUAUAACAACAACUUAUUUAUUUUUGUUUCAGCUGCACACAGGGAAACACAAGGCCUAACUGGCCAAACACAAACAAGAACACUCCCUUAGUGCUGCUCUAAUCCAAGGUUAA